AUGAGUAGUAAAGAUAGUUUAACAGGAAAGAGAUCACAUAAUGAUGAUGAACACGUUGAUGGCGGCGGUGGUAGUGUUGCAGAGGAUGAAGAUGUUGUUGAAAAGUGGAUACCUCUCAAAGAAAGAAAGAUGAGAAAGUUAAAGAUGAUAAACAAUACUAUUGCUGCGAAAAGAGAGAAAGAAGAAGAAGAACAAGAGGAAGAUAUAGAUGAAAGAGAUAGCAAUAGUAAUAAUAGUAAGGAUAAUGUACAGCAUAUACAACAACAACAACAACAACAAGAGCAGCAACAACAACAACAACCACAAAAGAGUUUAAUAGAUCAAAAAUUAGAGAUGAUGAAAAAUCAAGGAAAUCAAGUGCAAUCCGAUGAUCCGAGACAACUGGAAGCACAGCGGCUGAAGAAGGAGGAAGAAGAGAUUCUAAAGUCGUUGCAAGCUACGCUGGUGCCUUUGGUGUCGGUGAAAGAUCGUGCAAAGGAUAUCGUCUACAAAGAUAGUAUAAAGACGAGUUGGAAAGCACCCACCUACAUUCGAAACAGAAGCGAUCAAGAGAAUCAAAAGAUUCGUCAGGAUCUUCAUAUUUUGGUGAGUGGCGAAGACGUUCCACCACCGAUCACCUCGUUCCGCGAGAUGAAACUACCGCACGCCAUUAUCGAUUGCCUAAAGAAAAAGGGCAUAAAGAAACCGACACCCAUUCAGAUUCAAGGUAUUCCCGUGAUUUUGUCGGGUCGAGACAUGAUUGGAAUUGCAUUCACCGGAAGUGGAAAGACACUGGUGUUCACACUGCCGAUGGUGCUGUUUGCGAUGGAGAUGGAGCUGAAGCUGCCGUUGAUCUCUGGCGAGGGUCCGUUCGGCUUGAUCAUCUGCCCGUCGAGAGAACUGGCGCGUCAGACCUACGACGGUGUCGUGGAGAUGGCUGGCGCGCUCAGCAAAGCCGGCGGCUAUCCGCCACUGCGGACACUGCUCUGCAUGGGUGGAAUCGACUUUCGUGAGCAGGAGCCCGAGUUGCGCAAGGGUGUGCACAUGAUUGUCGCGACGCCAGGCCGUCUGCUGGACAUGCUCAACAAGAAGAAGAUCAACCUGAUCAGCUGCAAGUACUUGGGACUGGACGAAGCCGAUCGUCUCAUCGAUCUCGGAUUCGAAGAGGAGAUUCGUGGUGUCAUGGACAACUUUACUGCGCAGCGACAAACACUGUUGUUCUCUGCGACGAUGCCAAAGAAGAUUCAGAACUUUGCGCGGUCUGCUCUGGUGCGACCGGUCGAGGUCAACGUCGGAAGAGCCGGUGCCGCCAAUCUCGAUGUCAUCCAGGAGGUAGAGUACGUCAAGCAGGAAGCCAAGAUCGUCUAUCUGCUGGAGUGUCUACAAAAGACACCGCCACCCGUUUUGAUUUUCUGUGAGAAUAAAAAGGAUGUCGACGACAUCUAUGAGUAUCUUUUGUUGAAACAGGUGGAGGCGGUGUCGCUCCACGGUGACAAGACACAGGAGGAGCGUGACAUUGCCAUAAAGAUGUUCAAGGAGGGCAAGAAGGAUGUGUUGAUCGCCACCGAUGUUGCGUCGAAGGGUCUCGACUUUCCGGACAUCCAACACGUCAUCAACUUUGACAUGCCAAAGGAGAUUGAGAAUUACAUUCAUCGUAUUGGACGUACCGGUCGUUGCGUAUGUAUAAUCUGCUAUACGAUGAGAAUGAUACCAAGAGAACACAUACAAGAAGACUCAAAAAGACAUCAGCAACAACAGUUUGAAGCAUACCAAGAAGAAUUCCCAUCUCUAGAGGAAAGCUCACAGAGAAAUUCAAAAUCAAAAAUGAAAAAAAGUGGUUCCACCAACAGUUUAAAUGGUUCCACCUCACCAAAUCAAAGUAACAACAACAACAAUAACAACAACAACAAUAAUAACAAUUAUAAUAAUAGUAGUAAUAUAAGCAAAAUAUCAAGUUAUAUUGAUAUUUCAGAUGAUAAUACGGAUAGUUGGAGAAAGAGAGAUCUACUGUAUUAUUGUUUUAUUCAACGUCACCACGAAGUCCACCAUAUCGCCGAGUUUGUCGAGCAGAUUGCCACCGUUUACAAAGUACCUUUGAACCACCUACUCGAUCUCGGCUGUGGAAUCGGUCGUAUGUUCUCAGAGUGGGAAGCCUCCAAGUGGAACUAUAUCGACGCCUUCGAGCCAGACAAAGACUACUACUCGUUCUCUCUGGAGCACGCCAGUCACACUUGCGACAAAGUCUCGGUCUAUCACGGUGGAUUCCUCGACUUGAACGUGUUGAAUAAAUACAACAUGGUGGCGUGUGUUCACGGACCAUUCCAAUAUCUCACCAAGCUGGAAGACCGUCUCGUUGCCCUCAGAAACAUCUACCAGUCACUGGCGCCAGGCGGUGUCGUCAUGUUGGACGUCUCCAACUUUUUGAGUGGUCUCACUCAUUUCCGUUCGCAUUGCGAACAAAAGAUGCUGGUGAACGGUGUACCGGUAAAGCGUAUCUCAAACUCCCAGGUUGACCUACACAAUGCCAUCUGGAGUCACGAAGACAUCUUUUUCUCGGUGGACGGUGGUGAGAGUGAUGAUCUUGGCAAUGGAUAUGGCGAUGGCAGCUAUGUCGUUGAGACACAUCGGUUCUCCAUCUUUACAUUGUCGGAACUCCAACUGCUACUUCUCUCCUCUGGUUUCAUCAAUAUCCACUCGGCAUCCAAGUACUGUAUACAAUCACUGCGCAAUAAUAGUGGUUCAAAUGAUGGUCCAAGAAUUAUAGUCACCGGACAAAAGCCAAGACAAUAA